AUGCUGUUCUGGACCACGCUGGUGACGUGGGGUUCCGGGGUCGUCAUCAGCCUCAACAGUGCCCAGAUAUACCGUUCGCUGAACAAUAACGAGUACGACACUGCCACAAAUACGAUGUACUCGGCCAUUCUUGGUGUUGGGAACGGUGUAAGCCGUUUGGCAAUGGGAGUGCUGGAAGUUAUGCUUCUCCGCCGGCCUCCAGAGCAGCGCCCGGCAAUCAGCUGCCUUCUUCCGAUUGCAUCGUGUUGCUUGUUCCUAAGUGUGUUGGUGCUGCUGGUGUUGCCGCUGCGUUCCAAGGCCAUCAUGAUUGGGUUCUUCCUUGGCGGGUUUGGCAACGGCUCGGCCUGGGCGCUGACGGCCCUGGUGAUGCGCUCCCUGUACGCGAAGGACAUUGGCAAGCACUACAACUUUAUGUUUUUGGCGGCGCUUCUUGGCAUUAUUGCGAUCAAUCGCUUUGCGUACGGAGAGCAGUACACGCAGGCGGCGAGGAAGGGCAACUCCUACCCCCACUGCGGCGGAAAGGCAUGCGUCCAGAACGGGUUCAUCGUUCUGCUAUGCGUAAACGCGUCUGCUAUUGUUACCAGUAUCCUUGUGCACAUCCGCUUCACCCGCUACGUCAGGAAGACACGUGCUUCCCUGGAGGCGGGUGGACAUGAGCUUAACGCCCCUGACACUGAGCACCGCAUGGACGAAAACUCUCCCACUGCAGAGAAAAGAGGCAGCCGUGACAGCGUGCAAAUGUAA